UUCUCUCUCUAUAUUACACACACACUCUCUCUCUCUCUUUCUCUCCCUCUCUCUCUACACACACACGCGCGCAGUAGUACUAAGUUUUUAAGGGGGUGUAUAAAUUAGCGAGAUCAGCGAAAAGAGACCAUGGAAGUGGCACAAAUACUUCACAUGAACAAAGGUGCUGGCGAAAACAGUUACGCUAAAAACUCCACUGUUCAGAGCAAUAUAAUCUCCAUAGCAAAGCCAGUGAUAGAGGAAGCCAUUCUGAAAUGUUUAGAGGGAAGCACACCGGAGAGCAUGGGAAUAGCAGACUUGGGUUGCUCGUCCGGAACAAACACAUUGAUAGUUAUUUCCGACAUAAUCCAUACUAUACAAGCCAAAUGCUGCAGCCUCGGCCGCUCAUCACCGGAGCUCACACUCUGCUUAAACGACCUUUUCAACAACGACUUCAAUAACAUUUUCGCGUUGUUGCCAGCUUUCUACAACAGAAUAAAGGACGACGUCGAUGGUACCCAAUUUAAUGGACCGUGCUUUAUCUCCGGUGUGCCGGGGUCUUUUUACGGUAGAUUGUUCCCAAGGAACAGCUUGCAUUUUGCGCAUUCUUCUUCCAGUCUUCAUUGGCUUUCUCAGGUUCCCCCAGGGCUGGAGAGCAACGCCAAAACGGUGUUAAACAAGGGAAAGAUUUACAUAUCGAAAAGCAGCCCACAGUGUGUGUUGGACGCAUACUCAAAGCAAUUUCAAGAGGAUUUUUCUCUGUUUCUGAGGUCUCGCUCCGUAGAAAUAGUAGACGGAGGACGCAUGGUCUUGUCCUUCUUGGGCAGGACCUCUUCUGACCCCACCAUAGAUGAUGGUUGCUAUCAGUGGGAGCUCUUAGCCCUUGCACUGAUGAGCAUGGUUUCUGAGGGUUUAGUGAAUGAAGAAAAGGUUGACAACUUUAAUGCGCCGUAUUACGCUCCGUGCCCGGAAGAACUGAAGUUGGAGGUAGAGAAGGAAGGGUCUUUCAUUGUUGAAAGAUUGGAAGCUCUCCCAGUAGAUUGGGACGGUGGUUCUACUGAAGAAUAUUGCAUGUACGACACACUUGAAGCGCUAUAUAGUGCGAGAGGGCAGCGAGUGGCGAAGACUGUAAGAGCGGUGGUUGAGUCUAUGUUGGAAUCCCAUUUCCGAAAAGAAAUAAUGGACGAUUUGUUUCGGAGAUACCAGGAUUUGGUGAGCGAUUAUUUAGCAAAGUCUGCUACCAAGUACACAAAUUUGGUCAUUUCCUUGAUCAAAGUGAAUGAUUAAUUCGUUUCAUUACUCUUUCGGACAGAAGGGUUUUGUUAAAAAGUCGGAAAGGUUCUCUCUAGCUAUUUAUAGUACAGAACUACAUAUCUAGCUAUUAUAUAUAGGUGUUGGUUAUAAGUUGGUUUCAACUUUGCAUUAUGCAGUUCCUCUUUUUUUUUUUUUUUUUUUUUGCCUACUAU